UUAACGCUCAGCAGCAGGUAAGUGGCAGACAUGGCAGGACAGGUCAGCGCGAGCACGGGGGCUGAGUUACACGAACAACUUGCGCUCUUAUCCACGACUUCAGCCGAGGCUGAAGAAGAGAAUGACACCUCUCAAAGCAGUACUGGAAACUAUAUAGGGAUCCUCGAUUUAAGCGAUGAAGUUCUCCUGCUUAUAUUACGAAAACUAGAUCCCACAUCACUGCUGAGACUCGGAGCCACUUGUUGUACCUUGUUUCGAGUUUGUUCUUGUAACUCUCUGUGGACUAAACAUUUCCAGGGCUCAUUUGAAGUCUCCCUCGCUGCCCCUGCUGCCUGCUCGGUUCCUGCCAAAGAAUACUUCCGCCUGGUCUUCAUGUGGAAGACACUGUUUAAAAACCUGCACUGUAACCGCUUUCUCCAGGAGAAACUCUUUGCAAAUGUACCCUAUCCCCCUCAUCAGUACUGGACCCAGUGGCUUGUUCUUGAAGAAAGCGUUCCUCUCCCCGUGGUCAGGCUGCCCACAGAAGACAUCCAGGCGAUCUGGGGGAUUGGCUGUGAAGCUUUAAAGCAGGUUGAAGUUAAAGAGGAGGACAACGACAUGAAGUUUGAAUGGUGUAAACUUCAUGGUCUAGCCUGUGAAGAGCAUGGGGAUGUUUCCAAGGUCUUUCAUUACGUCCUCAAACAGCAAGAAAAAAAGGAUCAUGAGGACCUCGAGGCCAUGUUUCACCAGUAUACAGGGCACCGUUUCCAGUGGCACUUUAGCUACUGGCUCUUCAAACAGCCACCCCCCUUCAACCGCCAGCUGCACGCCAUCUUCCUGCAAUGGCGAAAGCACAACAAGCGCAAGGUGUCCAAAUGGGCGGCUCCAAAGUGUGAUGUGGAGUACCUGGCCUCCCUGCACCCAAUCACCGCAGAUUACUGGAAAGGAAGGUUGGCACUUGGAGAUGAGACGGCUGGCAUCCAGGUGAUAGAGAAUUAUUUUUCCAUGUGCAAAUCACUGGUGGCCUGGAUUCUGGGGCGUGACUGGGGAAGGCUGAAGCGCAGAAAGGUGUACGAGGACACCUUGGAUGGGGUGUAUCUUGUGCUCCGUAGAGAGGCCUGGGAAGGACCGGUGGACCACCAAAGAUUCUGGGAGGUGGCAAAGUCCCAGAUGAGCCGGGUUUGUACCCUGGAGGAAACGGCCGCAAACUAUGUCAACUGGAAGAUGAUCGAGAACCUGCCUUACUACAAGCUCUACAUGGUGACAGGAAACGCAGUCUACUUGGGUCAUCUUCAAAACUUUCUCCAAAGGAAGCAGCUUGUUCACAGCUGGAUCAAUUUGGAAGACAACGCCUGGGUUCGAAACCUGCUCCCCGAGGACCUCUUUACAGUUCUGGAGUAUCACAGUAAGAUCAGCCAAGAUUGCCUUCAUGGAGAUGGAGACCUGGCCCAGCUGAGCAGACUUGUAUGGCUGUAUCUAAACUCGGGACAGCUUCUCUACUUGGAAGCAAUUAAGGGGCUGGUACUACAACACGCUCAAGGCUGUCUUUCCUACUUCGAUGAACUAUGUCCAUUAGAAAGUAUGAACAACCUCAUUGUUCCCUAGCCACACAGGCGGCCUUAAAGCUCAAUAAUUAAUGAGCCAAGUUUAAGGUUUCCCUUUUGGUGCUGAAUCUUGCACCAGAAUAUUGUUGUUUUCCCCCCCUAUAACUCAAUGUGCAUGAAAGAACCAAGGAGUAUAAUUGUAUUUAGACUGUUACACUUGCACGUAACUAAUAUUUUUAGAUGAGCAUUUUUAAAUCUUUUUAACUUUUUAAAAACAUCAUGAUGCAUUUCUUUUCAGAAAGUGGCAAUUAAUCUUUUUUUACUCAAUCGCUGUUUAUGAUAAGCAUUUUUUUAUAAUGGCAGGUGAUUUUAUGAUUGUGUAAUCAAAAGGAAUUAUUUUGUGUUUGCUAAAAAGAAGGUUCUUCAGAACCCUUAAUGCUGCUUUCUGCGUGCACUUUCACAGGAGCUAUUUUUCAUAGCUUUCAUGUAACUUUUACAGAGAUAAUUCAACAUCAAAUGUAAACCCUCCAAUACUGCUGUUUUGCUUUGUCAAAUAAAGCGUAUUUUAUUGAACGGAA